GAAAAUAUCAAGAAGGUUUGUCAGUCUUAUACCCUUAAAGAGAAAGCCAAUGUUGUUCAGUAUGCUCUUCAUGAAGGCAAUCUUAGAGCUGCUGCCAAGUUUGAUUUAGAUAAGACUCAAGUUGGUUAUUGGGUAAUGAAGUUAAAGAGUAAACUUGAUGAAGUUGAUCAUAGCAAAUUCCAUUAUCUUGAAGGUGGUGGUAGAAAAAGUUUUUUUCCUAACAAAGAAGUGCAGCUUUAUAGAUGGAUAUCUGAAAUAUGUAAUGCAGCACUUGCUGUAACAUACAAUAGUCUUAAGUUUGAAAUGUUAAGAAUUGUUUCUGAAAUGGCAUUAAAAAGUAAUAAUCUCAAAAAAAAACAACUUGCAAGUAACUUCAAGGCCUUCUCAAUGUGGUUAAAAUGUUUUUUAAAAUGCUAUAAUCUUGCCUUACGUUGUAAAACAAAAAUAGCACAAAAAUUGCCUAUUGAUUUUGAGCAGCAAUUGCUUAAUUUUCAAAGAUAUGAUAGUAAGAUAUAUCAUAACAAAAUCCUUGAUAAUAAAACUAAUGAAGCUAAUGAAAAUAAUCCUGAUAUAAAUUCUGGUAAUUUUGGUGAAAAUGAGGAGAAUUUUAAGAAUAAAGAAAAUAAUGAUGCAACAAUUGAAGAAAAUGAGAAUGUUCUUCUUUUUGCAAUAGAUUAA